AUGAUGCAGUCAAAGGAGUCAGUAUCGUACGCAAGGCCGCUCGCUGAGCGAGUCGACGAAUCUGAGGAGGACCUCGAGUCCCUCGAGGUUAUUGAGUCGAAGCAUAGACUAUGGGAAUACAGUGAAGGGAGGAAGAAGCUCUGGGUGCUUGCUGGCACGGCAGCCGUCUUGAUCAUAUCCAACCUCAUCUCAGCUCGCGUCGGCGCCCACGUCGGCUCGAGCAGGGCGAAGCUGAAUAGCGUUUGUGCCGCCCACACAACGCAGUGGUCGCCGGUCUUGAAGGAGGUGGACGUCAAGUAUGACUGGAAGUCUUUCAAUGGAUCGUUCUUGGAGGAGGAUGUUUAUCGACAGCAGGGGUCUCCCGAGGUCGACGCCGCUUGGGAGGCACUGGGCGUUGAUUAUCGCGCAGGAGUGAUUUCAAUCGAAGACGGGUUGAAGAGCGGUCUUGACAUGUCGUUCGUGAGGAGAUCAGAAAAAUACGGUGCCGGCUUCUUCGUCAACGUCGAGGGAAUGCACCACCUUCAUUGCCUGAACCUGGUGCGGAAAGCACUCUUCUUCAACUACGAUUACUACAAGAAGCUGGGCACCCACGCCUUCAAGAACGAUGACAACAUCGUCAAGGUCCACGUCUCACAUUGCCUGGACACGGUCCGCCAGGUUCUCAUGUGCAACUUCGAUACCGGCGUCCUCGGCCAGGUCUGGGCUAACGAUCCCCCCCAACCCUUCCCCGACUUCCACACGAAGCACAUGUGCAAGAACUACGAAGAACUUCGCCAAUGGGCCGAAGACCUCCAGGCUCCUCUCGCAGAGACAUUGCCAAAUGAUUACAGCGUCCCACCACAGCCCGAAUGGGUCAUUCCGCAUACCCCUUAG